AUGGCAUUUGGGAUCAUGGCUUCCACACCAGACCUUUCCCAACCCGACGAAAAAGACAUCGCUAUCGACCCCGACGACAGCGUCUCCAUGACCUCAGACUCAUCCACGAUACAUCUCAGGACACCAACGUCCUCAUCGAUAUCCUCGUUUCAUCGCAGCAACAACAUCCCCUACAUCAUCCGAGACUGCGCUCCCGGCCCUGGCUCGACCUACAUCAUAGUCCACAAGUCCGGGGGCGAGAACAAGGCGCUCAUCAUCGUCGGGAAGCACCUGCGUCUGGCGACUCCCCUCGAACUACUUCCCAACCCGCCUGUUCUCAACUCGGCCCAAGCCAAGACGUUUGCGGGCAUCUGCAACUGGCACUGGCAUUGCCAGGAGUCGGACGGCUGGCUUGGUUUUCGCAAUGCAGCAACAGGGCGGUGGCUUAACAGCGCCGUGCCUACCAAGACGUCGGAGUCGGUCGCUAUCCAAGCGAGCUCCACCGAGUUUGCGGUGCUUGAACAGUUCUGUGUCAGGAAAAAGAAAGACGAGGAGGAGGGAUAUGCGCUGCUCAAGAGAGUGGACCUUCCGAGGAGGCCUGUAUGUCUUAUGCCGGUUGGGUUCAAUUUUAGUACCCUGACUACCCCCGCUUUCGAGAACGGGCAUCAGAGCUUUCUCGCGGCGAAUUCGAUACAUACGCAAAAGACGUCUUGGGAAUUUGUCAAGGUGGACCAUGGGUUUGUUUCCUUAUGA